ACAUAACACAGAUUUACAGCAUUUAAUCUUCUCUCUCCAGACGUUUGCAGACCAGGUGUUUGGUGUCAUGAACUGGACUAUUCCCCUCGCUGUGGCUCUUUCCUGCUUCGGAGGACUCAACGCCUCCAUCCUGGCUUCCUCCAGGCUGUUCUUCGUGGGCUCCAGAGAGGGCCACCUGCCCGACUACCUGUGCAUGAUCCACGUGCACCGCUACACUCCCGUCCCCGCCCUGCUCUUCAACGGCAUCAUGGCUCUGAUCUACCUGUGCGUAGAAGACGUCUUCAGGCUGAUUAACUACUACAGCUUCAGCUACUGGUUCUUUGUUGGUCUCUCUAUUUUGGGGCAGCUGUAUCUGCGCUGGAAGCAGCCGGACAGAAAGAGACCUCUAAAGCUCAGUCUCUUUUACCCCAUCAUCUUCUGCAUCCUCACCAUCUUCCUGGUGGUGGUGCCGCUCUACAGCGACACCAUCAACUCUCUGAUCGGCAUCGGCAUCGCCCUGUCAGGAGUGCCCGUUUACUUCCUCUGCUGCUACACGUCGGCUAACAAGAGGCCACUGUGGCUACGGAGCGCCAUUG